GGUCGUUCUAUUGUUAAACAUAAAAAAAAAUAUUCAUUUCUCUUUCUUUCUUAUCCUCUCAUUCUAUACAAUGACAGAGCAACGUAAAAAGAAAGCAAUCAAAUAUCAUUUUAUUGAUAUGAAUGAUCCAAAUAGGUAUAAGAAGCUAAAAGUGACUAGAGCCUGUGAUUUCUGUAGGAAACGUAAAUCAAAAUGUGAUCUUGGUAUUCCCGGCUCAGGUACCUGUUCUAAUUGUAAGAAGGCAAAGAACAUGUGUGUAUUCUCUUCCAUACCAACUUCUACAAAAAGUAAUAGCAAUAGCUUCACCAAUCUAAAAUCAAAAACAAGUUCAUCAACUUCGAUUCUUCAACUUAACGGCAAUGCUUCUAUUAUCACUGAAAAUGACUUUUCUGAUUUAUUUCAGUAUUCCUCGACAAACAUACAAUAUGAUUUCUCCAAUCUAUAUCAAACACAAAAUCCUUUAUUUUCUUUGGAUUGUAAAGGCCGUUGUAAUUAUGAAAAGCAUAGCAGUAACACAUAUAUUCACAGUCAUGUGUCUUCAUUGGAUCAUAUCACAAGUACUAUUGAUGAAAUACCUUCGUACUCGAAACAAACUGAAUAUGAGUUAUUUCAUACCUUUUUUAAUUAUGUUCAUCCAUUUUAUCCAAUCUUAGAUAGUUUUCAAAUAUUACAAUCAUUGCAAUGUGAUUCUAAACCGAUACCUAAUGCAUUAAAAUGGGCUAUAAUGGCAAUUGCCCUUCAUUUUACUCAACACUAUCAAAAAGGUAGUUCAGCAACUUUAGCUACUAUCUACUAUCAUCAGGCUUAUCUUCUUCUGGAUCACUCUUCUCCUUCUCUUUCAUCUCUUCAAACAUUACUUUUACUUUAUAAAUUUGAAGAACUUAUGACUCCUGUAGGUGCGUCCCUUUCAACAGUUGCUCUUUCCUACUUGUACAAAGCAUUAGAUAUGCUUAAAAAUCUACUGCAAGAACAAACAGGACUAACUGACAUGUGGACUAUAAAGGAUGAGUUCAUUUGCCGAAAUGGAUGGAUCCUGUUUAUUAUUAUCACUACAAGUAGUAAUGCUGAUGAGAGAUGGCGUGAAUUACUUGAGGAUUGUCCUACACCCUCUAGACUUCCAUCGUUGAUUGAGAGAGAACAUUAUAAUAAAGGCGAAUUUGAUACGGCUUGCAAUCUAAUUCAUUUAAUCAAUAUCACUUUACUUUAUUCACGCGUGAUACGUUUUAUUUUCGAUCAGAGUACUUUAUUUGCUAAAGACACUGCAAAUUAUCUUCUUGAAUUCAAUAAAUUUGCUACAAGCCUUGAUGUCUGGAGAGCAUCAGCAUCAAAACAUCUCUCUCUCUCUCUCGUAGAUAAUCCCUCAAUGCCUUAUUCAGCUCAAGUUCAUUCUAAUACUAAUAAUGAUGGUAUAUUGCAUCAUAGUAUCUCCAAGACAGCUUUUUUUACAGCCUAUCUUUGUUUGAUCCAUGAUAUCCUUGAUGUCUUAAUCUCUAUUCAUUGUGCUACUUCAAAUUCUUACCUCUUUGAUGAUCUCCCAAGAAAGAUAACUCAGCCUCUAUCCAAGGUAGCCGACUGAUUGCCUUUGGUCUUACCCUUUCAAUUCAAGUACACAUUUAUUUUCAGGAACAAAAAGGGGAGACAAAGAUUUUAGAUGACGUAAAAAAGUUUCAUACUUCCUGUAUUUUAUCACUUCAGAUAUUUGAGACAAUGACUCUUACACCUCAGUUCUGCAUAGCAAUUCAAACUCUUCAAACACAAAUUAAAGCCAACGAAUGUUUAUAUAUGUUAACUACCACAACAGUACAUCAUCAACGUUCAUUAUCUAAUGACAGUACUGGUAAAAGUAUAAGCACGAUGUCGAUACCCAAUAGCAGUAGUGGCCAUCUUUCAACCGAUAGUUCUCAAAGUAAGG